UGAAGUUUCCAGUGUCGAAAAAUGUACAUUCAUUUCUUCGCGUUCACUCUUCUCCAUUUUGCAGCAGUGCAUUUACAUGGAUUGUCGACAAAUUCAGUAGCAAGAAUUCUCGGUGGUUCAAUCACGAGUAUCGAAGUAGCACCUUAUGCAUUGGUGUUGAUGAUAAAUGAUAAAUACACAUGCAGUGCUAUUAUAAUCAACAGACGUUGGGCUGUAACAGCAGCUCACUGCGUAAAGGCUAGAGAUGCUAGGACUCAACGUAAUAUAUUUAGCGUACGCAGCGGAACGUCUUUCUUAUACGAAGGUGGUACCGUCCAUAAGGUGACUGAUGUUAUUGUACACGAAAAUUUUGAUAACGUGACAUUUGACUACGACAUCGCCCUGAUCAAAGUAACACCUGCGUUCACGUACGGAAGUUCCACCAAAGCUGUUGGCUUACCACAAGGAGAUGCUGAAUCUAUCUGUAAGAAUUGGGGUAACGUCUGCGGUUGGGGGUUGUAUAGAGAGGUAGACGAUAGCAUCGAUAAUACUUCUUCGGAGGAACUGCGGUGUGUCCUAUUGCCGCUGGUAGGAAAGAAGCUAUGCAGCGAAUAUUACAAAUUCUACCAUAAUUUAACACCUCGAAUGACAUGUUACGGAUUUCAGGAGGGUGUAUUCGAUACUUGUCAGGGUGAUUCCGGCGCAGCAUUAGUUAACAAAGACAACAUUUUGCUUGGUAUAACUUCGUGGGGAUAUAAAUGUGGUAUGCCGUAUUCACCCGGUGUAUAUACUGAUGUCAUAUUUCUUCAAAAUUGGAUUAAAUAUAAAACUGAAAAUUGAAUAUAUAAAUGAAUGUAAAAAUUUAUUAUCGUAGGUACAUGCGCAAAAAAUAAUACUGUGUGUGUGAAAUAUAAUGUAAUAUAAUUAUCUUC